GGCCCUUCCUCUCUUCCCCCUCUUCUCUUCCGGUCGUCCCCCUCGCCUUCCACCCUGUCAGCCGGACAUCUGCGCCGACAUCCCUGCCGUGGUAACGGACUUCCGGUGGCAACCGCCGGAGCCUCUCCUCGCCGGCGCCUCGAUGGUGAGGUAACACCCACCCAUUUCCUCCUCUCUUUUCUCGGAGCGGAGCGCGUGCCGGCGGCCGUGGGAGAAGUGGGCGGCGGAGGCGAAGGGGGCGGGAUCGAGAGUGGAGCGCGUGCCGGCGGCCGUGGGAGAAGUGGGCGGCGGAGGUGGUUUUGGGCGGCUCUCCCCACUCCUUGCCUUCCACCGAGAACCAAUCACACCAACGAUCAAAUCCAAAGGGAAAAAAAGAGAGAAAUUCCUCAUCAAAUGUUGUCUAUUGCCGCCGGCGAAGAAUUCCAGCACUUCAUCCGGAUCCUCUGCUCCGAUCUCCACACCCUUCCUUUCAUCAGGGGUAUCGGCGAUUUUUUCUCUGGAAUCUUCUCCCAGAUAUCACAACCCGACGACUAUCAGAGAUCCGAUGGGCAGCUGCCAUUGAUGGUCAAAAGCCCAGGACUAACUGUCGAGGAGCCAUACUGCAUCAAUGUGCAAGACUGGUUCUUCAAGCAGGGUAGGCAGGGUAAUUACAAUGACAACAACGAUCCACGUGCUGUUUUCAAUGUGUUGGAUACCGUCCUCGUUGACACUAUGGAGCGAUUGAAGAAGUUAAGGGAAAGCAUGGCCAUUGUUGGGAGAUGUAGCCUGUACAAAGGAGUUGCUAGUGUUAUGAGCUUAGAGGGUACUUCUGAACUUGAUUUUGACAGUGAUUAUGCAUUGAUUAGGGAAUUAUGUGCUGAAGGAAAGAUUGGAGUUGCUAUGCAGCUUCACUCUGAAUUAUUCAGGAAAAAGGCUAUUCCAGAUAUUCACACUUAUAAUUUCCUCAUGAAUGGACUUUGUAAGAUGGGUGACUUGUCAACUGCAACUUGGCUUCUUGAAUUGAUGUCAGAUGUUGGCAUGUCCCCAAAUGCUGUAACAUACAAUACUUUAGUUGAUGCAUAUAGUCGCUGGGACAGUGUAGACAAUGCCCUUAAUCUUGUUUCUUCAAUGGCACAAAGUGGAAUUAGACCAAAUAUAGUUACUUGCAAUAUAUUAAUUCUUGCCCUCUGCAAUAGAGGUCUUUUGGAUAAUGCAAAGAAACUUCUUGCGGAUAUAUUGGAGGAGCAUGAGGCUUCAAAUUUAAUUACUUCAACAAUACUGAUAGAUGGAUGUUUUAGGAAGGGAGAUAUCAACCAAGCACUUGAGCUUUGGAAUGGAAUGUCCGGUAAAGGUAUUAGAAUUGAUCGUAUCGCAUAUAAUGUAAUCAUCAAUGGGUUCUGUUUGGUGCAGGAUUUAAAGCUUGCUUACAGAUAUGUCUGUGAAAUGCACAAAAAGGGUUUUAUUCCAGAUCUUGUAACCUAUAACACUCUUAUAAGCGGUCUAUCUAAAAAAGGGAAGAUGGAUGAGGCUUGUGAUAUUCACCGCAGGAUGCUUCUUGCUGGUGUUCUACCUGAUCAAAUCUCAUACAAAUUGGUCAUUCAAGGUCUUUGCCUACAGGGGCACAUCCUACAAGCUUCAGAGUUCUUGCAAAAGAUGUUAAGAGAUUCCAUGCUCCCAGAGCCUCUAAUAUGGAAUGUUGUCAUUAAUGGCUAUGGGAGAUUUGGAGAUGUCACCGGUGCUUACUCAGUUAGAGAUAUGAUGGUAGCACUGGGUGUGGAACCAAAUGUCUUCACAUACAAUGCAUUGAUAAAUGCUCAAGUAAAAGGAGGAAACAUAGUUUAUGCUCUAUUGCUGAAGCAGGAGAUGCUUGCUCGUGGGCUUUUUCCUGAUGUUGUUACUUAUAACUUAUUGAUUGCUGCUGCAUGUAACAGUGGUUACAUCUAUUUUGCUCACCAAUUGCUCCAUGAAAUGUUGAAAAGAGGUUACCAGCCUGAUAUUAUCUCUUACACUGAGUUGAUCAAAGGCCUUUGUUUAAAGAGAAAAUUCCAGGAAGCUGAAGAGCUGUUUAGCAAAGUACAGAAAUCUGGAUUACCUGUUGAUCAUGUGCCAUUUCACAUUCUCAUAAAACUGCUGUGCAGAAGGGGAAAACUGGCAGAAGCAGUUGAGAACUAUGAGAAAAUGACCAUGAAGGGUCUGGUGAGCCGCUAUUCUAUGUAUAAUUCAUUAUUCAAAGCUCUGUGGGGGAAAGGAUAUUACAAAGAGGCAAGUCGAGUAUAUGAGCACAUGAGUAGUUUUAUGCUGCACAGGUGUGAAGAAGAAGGUUGAUUUUGAAGAUUAUAGUGCAAUUAUGCAAGGACCUUCCCAACGACAAAAAUGUAUUAUCAAGGAUUGCAUUAAUCAAAUGUAUCAUAGAUCAUUCUUUAUCAUUUGUUUUCACCAAAUUGGUGGAAUGAUGCCAUUAUCUGAUUGUCUUCUGAAGAGUUACUGGAAGCUUUGGAAUCAGGAUUGUGUUGGCUACCAAAUUAAUGAGCAGACUAUUUUGUGAACCAAUUUACCUUGGAAUUGCAAUGCUCAAAACUUGAAGGUUCAAUGACCUCAACAGAAUCACAUUUAAGCUUUCAGAUUCGAUCAGCUUCCUUUGAAUAUGAAGGCUAAACCUCAUUGUCAUGGAAAUUGGUUGUGUUUGAGAGUUGGUAAUGACUGAAGUUCUUCCUCAUUAUUACAAAAGCUGGACUAGUGGUUAACACGGAGAAUCAUGAUCAUCAAGCUGGGACAAGUCAUGAAUACCUGCUUCUUUUAGAUGUCAGCCCCAAUUUACCCAUUGUUUGAGAGAGAAGUGGGGAAAGAAACCAUCUACUAGAUUUCUCAUAUUUUAGAGAGCUGCAUCGUGAGGCAUAUUCAAUCAUUUGUUCGGGUAUUUUCUAAUCAUGGUGAAGAGUAUUUGAUGAAAGUAAGCAUAGGCGGAGAACAAAAAUGGAAAAACAAGGAUUUGAGUAAUCACAUAUGACCGGAUCAUGCUUGUGAAUCUUAUUGCUCAAAACGAGUCUGGAAUUAUGUUACUCAUCAAUCUUACUAAUGAAUACAAUCGUUAUUAACUAACAUUCUAGAAUGCUAGUUUUAUUGUUUAAAAAGAUCAUGUAUAAAAAUUAUAGACACAAAA